AACAAAAACAGCAUUACGACAAUAGAGGCUGGCGCAUUCAAUAAUAUGACUAAAUUAGAGCAACUAUAUUUGAAUGAGAACGAGAUUACAACGAUACAGGACAACGCAUUUGUUGGUUUGACAGGCUUAAAAGAACUACAUUUGAAUGAGAACAAGAUUACAGCAAUACAGGACAACACAUUUGCUGGUUUGACAGGCUUAAUGGGGUUAUAUUUGAAUGGUAACAAGAUUACAGCAAUACAGAACAAUACACUUGCUGGUUUGACAGGCUUGAGGACAUUGUAUCUGAACAACAACAAUAUAGUACAAUUGGAAGCAACACUGUAAAUAGUUGGACAUCUUUAUAUAAAUUGUAAGUAAUUGAGAA